ACAGCUGUAUUAUGUAUCUUUCAGACUCAGAAUCUUGAACCACAUCUAGAGUCCUUCCAGACCCGGGAUCCAGCACUAAUGAUGGAACAGAAAACUGCAAUGUAUGGGCAGCCUUACCCUGUCCAGGGAGCGACAUAUGGGAUGCCCAGCCAGCAGCCGGCAGCCUUCAACCCUGUGAGGAGCCAGAUGAUGCAGCAAAGCAUGCAACCCCGUGUAAACAUGAUACGGCCACGAAUAAAUGCUCCAAAACAGCUGAGAAUGCAGCUCCAGCACCGACUUCAAGGGCAGCAGUUCUUGAACCAGAAUCGCCAAGCCCUUGGAAUAAAAAUAGAAAGUCUUGGUGGUGCUGUUGCUGCUGCUGCUGCUGCAGGGAUACGACCAGGUAUGCAGCCUGCAGUACCUACUCAGAUGAUGACUCAGCAGAGCCGAGAAAUAGUAACUCAGCGACUUCGGCAGCAACGAAUGGCAUUUUUGAUGCAACAGUCUCAGCAGGCGUCACAGGGUUUUAGCUCUUCUCCAAAUAUGACUGCUCCAACUGGCAUGGAUGGUCCCAUGACAGGCUCUUCAAUGGCACAACCUCCCCUGCAGCAAUUUUCGUAUCCUUCAAAUUAUGGCUUGAGCACACAACAUGAACAGCCAUUUAGCAGUGCACCAAAUCCUCCAAAUCCAAUGAUGGCAGCUCGCAUGGCUCCUUCCCAAAGUUCCAUGAUCCAGCAUCCUCCAGCUACAACAGUGUAUCCAUCUUCAGAAGUGAAAAACUGGCCAUCAGGAAACAUGCCUAGACCCAGUACUUUUGCACAGCAGCAGUUUAGCCAUCCAGGGAAUCCAGGCACAUAUAGCACUGUGAUGCACAUUAAUGGCACUGGAACACAUAUGACACCUAUGCCAGGGCAAAUGAACAUGAACCCAAUGUCUGGCAUGCCAAUGGGUCCAGAGCAGAAGUACUGCUGACAACUGAGGCCUGAAACCACUCAAUGGGACUGUUAAACGAAGCACUGUAACAUCGUCAAUGAAGGCAGUGUGAGGUCACUGGUAAUGAACACAGACCACACUUCGCAAACAGGACUUGUUUUUAUUGAACAAACCAGAUUGUAUUAUAUACGUUGUUGUACAUACUGGGAAAAUGAAUAUAAAUUAUUUUUAUGGCUAUCUGCAGCUGAAGAUGUUUUGUGUUUUUUUAAGCUACACCCAUCUUGAAUUUUGCACUGUUAAAAUUAGAGUGCACCCCCCCCCC